AAAACAUCCCACAUUUGCACACACGUGGAGUGAAUCUAAAGUGGGCGAUCUCUGGCUAUUACUCCUGCAACUUGGAAGUGCUAAUCAAUAAUUCAGAAAAGACACAAGCCAUGAAGGGAAGACUGUUGCUGCUAGCUGUUCUGGGGCUCCUGUGUGUGGCAGGCUGCCGUGCUCAGGAGGAGGAUGAGGACACACCCCCUCCCACUGCCGACGAUGACCUUGGUGCCAGCAGGGAUGGAUCACGUACCGACACAGAGGCUGUACAGAGAGAGGAGGAAGCCAUUAAACUGGAUGGUUUGAGUGUGGCAGAGAUGAGAGGACUGAGAGAUAAAGCUGAGAAACAUGUCUUCCAAGCUGAGGUCAACCGUAUGAUGAAACUUAUUAUCAACUCUCUCUACAGGAACAAGGAGAUUUUCCUAAGAGAACUUAUAUCGAAUGCAUCAGAUGCCCUGGACAAGAUACGAUUCCUCGCCCUCACUGACAAGACAGCCAUGGGUACUCUGGAUGAGCUCUCCAUCAAGAUCAAGGCUGACCCUGAGAACAACGCCCUCCACAUCACAGACACUGGAUUAGGUAUGACUAGGAAGGAUCUGGAACUGAACCUCGGCACGAUAGCCAAGUCUGGUACCACUGAGUUCUUUGAGAAACUAGAGGCUGCCUCAGACUCGUCAGCUAGCGAUCUGAUUGGUCAAUUUGGUGUCGGAUUCUACUCUUCAUUCCUGGUUGCUGACACUGUGGUGGUGACAUCCAAACACAACGACGACCCAGUCCAGCACAUCUGGGAGAGUGAUGCCUCACAGUUCACUAUAGCGGAGGACCCACGAGGCAACACCCUCCAGCGAGGGACCACCGUCAGUCUGUUCAUGAAGGAGGAAGCUAGGGAGUAUCUGGAGCCAGGCAAAUUGAGAGGUCUGGUGGAGAAGUACAGUCAGUUCAUCAACUUCCCCAUCUACAUAUGGGAGAGUAAGACUGAGACAGUUGAUGAGCCUAUAGAGGAUGAGAGUGAUGAGGCCACACCCACUGAUGAAGGGGAGGGUGACGAUGAUGAGGACGCUGUAGUAGAGGAUGAAGAGAAGGAAGACAAACCAAAGACAAAGAAGGUUGAGAAGACGACGUGGGACUGGGUUCUAGUGAACGAUGCCAAACCUCUCUGGUUGCGCAACCCUAAGGAGAUUGAUGAGGAUGAGUAUCGGAACUUCUACCGUCUCUUCUCCAAGACCUCGGCCGAUCCUCUCGCCAAGAUACACUUCACUGCUGAGGGGGAAGUCACCUUUAAAGCUAUCCUCUUCGUGCCCGCAACCGCCCCCGCUAAUCUAUUUACGGACUACGCCAAGGCGACUGAUAAGAUCAAGCUCUACGUACGACGUGUCUUCAUCACUGAUAACUUUGAGGACAUGAUGCCAAAGUAUCUGAACUUUGUGCAGGGAGUGGUGGACUCUGAUGACCUCCCACUCAACGUCUCCCGGGAAAUGCUGCAACAACACAAACUGUUGCGUGUGAUAAAGAAGAAGCUUGUGAGGAAAGCGCUCGAUAUGUUCAAGAAACUGGACAAGGAAGACUACGUCAAGUUCUGGAAGGAGUACGGAACAGCUGUUAAACUAGGAGUCAUCGAGGACCCCUCCAAUAAGACAAGAUUGGCAAAACUGCUCAGGUUCAUCUCGAGCAAUGACGCUGAAGAACUCACUUCACUGGAGCAAUAUUUGGAGCGAAUGAAGGAGAAGCAAGAUCACAUCUACUUCAUGGCAGCCCCCACUAAAGAAGAGGCGUCUCGUUCUCCCUUCGUGGAGAGGUUGUUGAAGAAGGGAUAUGAAGUCUUGUACUUAGUGGACCCUGUGGACGAGUACUGUGUGCAGAGCAUGCCAGAAUUUGAGGGUAAGAAGUUUCAGAACGUGGCCAAGGAAGGGCUUGAGUUUGGAGACGAGGGUGAAGGCGCUAAAGAACAACUAGAGGAGUAUACAGAGACGUACAAGCCUCUCACUGAUUGGCUGAAGGACGAUGCUUUGAGAGAGCUCAUUGACAAGGCAGUAGUGUCUAAUAGACUGACAGACUCACCGUGUGCCCUCGUGGCCAGUCAGUACGGAUGGUCUGGAAACAUGGAGAGGAUCAUGCAGGCACAGGCCUACUCCCAGGGGAAGGAGUCCAACUUCUAUGCCACUCAGAAGAAGACGCUAGAGAUCAACCCUCGACACCCUCUCAUUAAAGAGCUUCAACGUCGUGUGGGCGCUGAUGAACAAGAUGAAACCACGAGUGACCUCGCUCGUGUACUCUACGAGACGGCAGUCCUAAGGUCAGGGUUCACGCUCAAGGACUCUGGAGAUUUCGCCAUGCGUAUUGAGCGUAUGCUAAGACUGAGUAUGGGAGUGGACCUGACGACAGAGGCAGAGAAGGAGGAGUUUCCUGAUGAAGAGGAGGAGGAGGAAGAGGAAGUGGGGGAUGAUGAGGACGAGGAAGACAGUGAUGAGGACAGUAGUGAUGACAGUGAUGAGGGAGGUGAUGAAGGAGAAGAAGAGGACACUGAGUCCGAGGGUGAAGAGCAGGCUACUAAUGAGGAGGAUGAGUCUCCCUCGAAGGAUGAGCUCUGAUUGGCCAGUUAGACACGAACAUGUACGCAUGCAGAGACCUGUUGUACUGUCAGUAUUUAUAGCUAGUGCAACUGACUAUUAGGCAAAUUUUUGAUUCUAUUGAGUAAGUUUUAUUAAAUACGUA